AUGUUCUGAUUAAUUUAAUACUCCACUAGACAUUGAUGAGUGCAAAGAACCAGACAAGUAUCCCUGCCAUGGAACUUGCCGGAAUACCAUCGGGUCCUACACUUGCAAAAAGAAAAUAAACAAAACAACCUGGCUUAUGAUCAUUUUGGGUAUCAGUUUGGGGUUUACAGUAGUUUGUUUAGUAGUUAUUAGUGCACGGGGGUUGUCCAAAAUGUUAAAGAAGAGAAGGAAAAUGAAGCUCCGGAGCAAGUUCUUCAAACAAAGCUUAUUAUGGCAGCAACAAUUGUCUUCAACUGAGGGUAAUGUUGAAAAUGCCAAAACAUUUAGUAUCAAAGAGUUGAAAAAGGCAACGAAUAACUUCAAUAGGAAUAGAAUACUUGGUCAAGGAGGUCAGGGCACUGUUUAUAAAGGAAUGUUGGUUGAUGGAAGAAUUGUCGCAAUUAAGAAGUCCAAAGUACUGGAUGAAGAGAAAGUUAAAGAUUUCAUCAAUGAGGUGGUCAUUCUUACACAGAUUAAUCACAGAAACAUUGUUAAGUUGUUAGGGUGCUGUUUGGAAACUGAAGUUCCUUUGCUAGUUUAUGAAUUUAUCCCCAAUGGGACACUUUUCCAGUACAUACAUGAUGAAAAUGAGGACUUCCGAUUAUCUUGGGCAAGACGAUUAGCAAUUGCAUCAGAAGUUGCAUCUGCCCUUUCCUACUUGCACUCGACAGCCUCCAUUCCCAUUUAUCACCGAGAUGUCAAGUCCUCAAAUAUUUUACUAGAUGAAAAGUAUAGGGCAAAAGUUUCAGACUUUGGGAUAUCGAGAUCAAUUGCCAUUGAUCAAACUCAUUUGACCACAAAUGUUCAAGGCACAUUUGGGUAUGUAGAUCCUGAAUAUUACCAAUCAGGUCACUUUACAGAAAAUAGUGAUGUUUAUAGCUUUGGAGUUGUCCUUGUUGAGCUUUUAACUGGAGAAAAACCAGUUUCUUUUGAAAGAGUAGAAGGUGGAAGAAAUUUGGCCCCUCAUUUCAAACUUUCCAUGGAAGAGAAUAACCUCUUUAACAUUCUUGAUGCUCGGGUUAAGGAUAGUUCUGCACAUGAAGAAAUUAUAAAGGUUGCUAAACUUGCAUAUAGAUGCUUAAGCUUGAGUGGUGAAAGGCGGCCAAAGAUGAUAGAAAUUGCUAUGGAGUUGGAGCAAAUUCGUUUUUUGCAAAACAAUUCAAAUGGUCAAAAAAAUCAUGAUGAGAUUACAAAUGUUAGGACUGAAGUAAGCAAUCAUUGGGAUGUUGCCUCCUCCUCAGAAGCUGCUUUGUCAAUGGACAUGGAACCACCAUUUGCAAGUGAAUCAUGGGGAUUGUCAGAAAAGCAAGUGAGCUCAAAUAUCAAAUGAUAUAGGUGGAGAUAGACUAUGUUUUGUAUGGGUGUAGUUUCAUUAUUACUUGUCAUAAUAUUAUUAUGA